AAUACCCGUGGACUCCAAAUUUCCAUUGACAAAUCAGCAGCUAUUGCUUUCACCCGCCGAAGAAUGGACAAAUACCCACUUAAGAUAGGCAAACGAACAAUACCGUACGUUAAAUGCCACACAUUUCUUGGAGUAACCAUCGAUAGGGGUCUGACCUGGUCACCUCAUAUUUUGUACUUGCGCAAAAAGCUUGCCAGUUUUAGUGUCCUUGCCCGCUUCAUCGGUGGAACCACGUGGGGCGCGACAGUAAGAUCCCUAUUACAGAUAUACGUGGCCUUAUUUGUCGGCCUACUUCGAUAUAGCGCUCCCAUUUUACAUGGCACGUGUCAAACCAACAUCAAAGCUCUCAGAGCAGUUCAAGCACGUGGCCUCCGUGGCUGUUUGGGCCUACCAGCUUGUGCCUCGACUCUGGGCACAGUUGCCGAGGCACGCGCCACACCUGUAGAAAUACUAAUGAUGCAGGAAACAUUGAGAGUUCAUCUGAGACAUACUACUAAUCAUAGUCAUCACUUACUGGCUGAUCUUACUUUUAAGCGACCUCACUCAGAAUAUUCGAUGGCACUAUCAAAAAUGGAGCAAUACAUCCCUGAUGAUAUAAACUCGUUUACUUUUCCAACUAUACCUCCAUGGAGACUCCCUCUCCCCGUUGUUGAACUUGACAUUCAAGGCAUCAAGAAGAAAUCAAAUACACCAUUGAUAGUACUUAAACAACUCACUUUAUCCACCAUUGCCUGUUUACACGCGUCAAAAACUCACAUAUAUACGGACGGAUCAUGUGUCAAAAAUAGUUCUACCGCAAGCAUUGUGAUUCCAUCGUAUGCCACAACAAGAAAAUUCAAGCUUAGCCACAAGACAUCUUCAACAGCGGCUGAACUUGUAGGCCUACAUCAAGCCCUUCGAUUUAUAUUGACAAAGCCACCUCAGGCAUGGACGGUGUUUACAGAUUCUAAGCCUGCACUCCAAAGCAUCUGCACAUAUCUGCGACGAAGUGAAAAUGGACAAAUUAUUUUCAAACUUUUAUGCCAUCUUCAAAAAUGUAUUGAUAGGAGACACUCUGUUGAGUUCCAGUGGAUACCUGGACACUGCAAGAUACCUGGAAAUGAAGCUGCAGAUGGAGCUGCGACUUCCGCCCAUACCUUAUUCCCCAACGUCGAAAUACCCUACUCCAGAAGCGACGUCACUUCAUUGAUAAAUCUCCAUGCACGAAAUGCAACACAAAGUCUCUGGAAGAGCUCUGCACACCAUUACCCUCCUCUAUAUCUACUGGAUGCUGACCUAACAUACCGCGUGUCACGUAAUUUACCCAAGCGAACGGAAGCUGUUAUACACCGAUUACGUCUGGGCGUUUCCUACACACAGGAAUUUCUGCACCGAAUCGGAAAAACACACACUCCGAACUGUCCAGGAUGUGAUUGUGUGGAAACUAUAUCUCAUUUAUUAUGUGAAUGUGCACUUUACGAUGCAGAAAGGGAACUUCUAAAGAGGAUUCUUUCACAUCUAGACGACCGGCCAUUUACUACGUCCAAAAUACUAGGGGCCUGGGACUCACCACUUAAAGAGGAGAAGGCCGCAAAAGCCCUUCUGCGAUUUUUAUCAGCAACUCGCCUCGAGUUCUGUUUGUAAAAACUUAUCUAGUGUUCAUUAUUUGUUGUCGUAUAGAGGGCUAUCCAUUUUAUAAUUCCUGUAAGUGUACACGUGCGCAACUGGACUUCGCGCUGGCGCGUACAAAAACUCGAGUGUUUUGGGUGAACAUUGGUGACAAUCCAGCACGCACUUUCAGUCUCUUAGUUUUUAUUGUCAUAUUGGAAACUGCGGUAUUUUCUUAAUUAUUGAUUCUGCCCUCACAGUGUUAAUGUGAGUGCUAGUGUGUUAC